UUUCCACUUCCGGUGUGCCUAGCCGCCAUAUUUGAUUCUGCAAAAAACAUAAAUAUUAUGAUAUUUGUUUAGCUGUCUAGCAAAGUUACGAAAGUGUUCUAAACACAUAUUCGGCGUCAGAAAUUAGAAGAAUUGCACUUUUAGCUAACGACUAGCUAAGUAGAUGUCACUGGUGGACCUUGGGAAGCGGCUGCUGGAGGCUGCGCGGGCAGGGCUGGAUGAUGAUGUCAGGACCCUCAUGGUCAAUGGCGCUCCCUUCACCACUGAUUGGCUUGGGACGUCCCCGCUCCAUCUAGCGGCUCAGUACGGACACCACUCCACGGCUGAGGUGCUUCUCCGAGCAGGUGUUAGCAGGGACGCCCGGACCAAAGUGGACAGGACCCCACUCCACAUGGCGGCCACAGAGGGCCACUCCAAUAUAGUGGAGCUGCUAGUCAGUGCUACCCGUCUCACUUUCCUGUCUCUUUUCCACCACUGGGGGGCGUGCUGUGCUUCCUGGCAGAGCGGAGCGGACAUCAAUGCUAAGGACAUGCUGAAGAUGACAGCCCUGCACUGGGCGGCCCAGCACGGUCACAGAGAGGUGGCAGAACUGCUGCUCAAAUAUGGAGCAGACGUCCACUCCCUCAGCAAGUUUGACAAGACGCCCUUUGACAUCGCCAUGGACACCAGCAACACUGAGCUCAUGAUACUGUUACAGGAUGGCAUGCAGAACCAAGUGAACAUGAACCCAGAGCCCCAGUUCAUCAUCUCCUCUGCUGGGGUUGUGAACCUCUCUGACCUCGUCAACACCACCGCCAAGUCAGGUAUGGGCAACUGGAGCACAGGUUACAGAGAAUCUGUCUCUACCACCUCAGUCCUGGCAACACUGGCAGCCCUGGCAGAAGCCUCCGGUCCCAUGGGUAACAAUGCAGGCAAAUCUGAGGAUGCGAUCGCUGCAGAUUCUGUGGACUCGGCCAUUCAGCAUGUAGUGGGCGAUGGAGGUCAGAGGGUCAUCACCAUAGUGACGGACCAACACGGCAACCUGCAGCCAGCGGGCCUUGGGCAGCAGUUCUUUGUCACUAUGCAGGGGCAGCAAAUGGUGGCAGUCCCUGCUGGUCAGAUCACAGAGGAGGUGGUGGAACAGGAGCCUUAUCCCUCUCCGGCACGCAAGAGGAGAAUAGAGGCUGCAGCCAUCCUAACCAGACCCAAAGACAAGAAAGCGAAGUCAGGGGACAGCAGUCGGGAGCAGCUCCAGAAGCAGCUGCAGGAGGCCAACCGGAAGGCCCAGGAGUACCGCACACAGCUCCUACAGAAGGAGCAGGAGGCUGAGCAGUACCGCCUCCGACUAGAGGAGGCCAUAGAGCAACAACAGAGCAACAAUACCAGCAAUGCUACUGGUUCUACCAGCAUAGGUGUCCAGGAGGGAGAGGAGGAGGUGGUCCAAAUGGAAAAACAACCAGAGACCGAGGAGAGAGUUGUAGAGGAGGACAAAGUGGAAGGGGAGGAGGACGUCCCACUUCGAGGAGACGCCAUUCUGGUUAAAGUGGAGGAGGAGCUGGAUUCAGGGGAGGGAGAACAGAUACCAGUGGAUGAGACCGAGGAAACGGAGAAGGCUUCAACUAAGGUCACAACAACCCCCAAAAGGGGGAGAGGGAGGGGACGAGGACGUGGAAGGAGGCGGUAGUCAAGUGUCCCUCUGUUCUCUUGGUGUUAUCUCAUGAUAUGUCUUGUUUUAUGCUUUUAUAUUAAUAUUAACGGUUAUUACUUGUUUAUUUUAGAACAAUAACGUUGUGCUUGUAUUUGUAACUAGGUUUUGAGAUUAUUUUAUUUACUUGUAAUACUUUUGAUGAAGAAGCUAAUGCUGAGCCCUGUGGGAGGAGUUAAGGAUGCAGAUUUCUCCACAGUGUCCAACCCAUUCUGUGAAUUUAGAGAAAGUAAGAAAAGGUAUGUUUGCAUAGGAUUGUGUAAAUACUGCAAUGUGGGUUUAAUUGCACUGUGCAUUCAUUCUCCUAAGAAUAAGGUUUCUAACACAUUCUAAUAUAGGAUGUUCAAUCCACAGCAUUUCCGGUUCCUUUCUUCAGCGUCAUGUUUAAAAUAGUAGAAUCAAGUUAGCUCAAGUGUAUAGUACUAACUGAGCAAAUGUAUCAGAUUCUUCAGAAAAGGUUUUCCAAGGCUGGCUAAGUUGUUGUUACUUG